AUGGGGCUUCUAACCAACAUGGGACCUCACCCAACCUGGGGCUUCUGCCCACCAUGGGACCUCACCAAACUUGGGGCUUCUGCCCAACAUGGAACCUCAUUCGACAUGGAGCUUUUGACCAACAUGGGGCUUCUGCCCACCAUGGGACCUCAAAAAAGGACAGUCAGAGACAGUCAGAGGAAGCCAGAGGCAGACAAAGCGCGUCAGAGACAGUCGGAGAUACUCAGAGUCACUCAGAGACAACUGGAGGUAGUUGGAGACAGUCAGAGACAGUUGGAGAUAGCUGGAGACCGUCAGAGGCAGUUAGAGGCAGACACAGAGAGUCACAGACAGUCAGGGACAACUGGAGAUAGUUGGAGACAGAGGCAGUUAGAGGCAGACACAGAGCGUCAGAGACAGUCAGAGACAACUGGAGAUAGUCAGAGACAACUGGAGAUAGUUGGAGACAGUCAGAGACAGUUGGAGAUAGUUGGAGACAGUCAGAGGCGGUCAGAGGCAGACACAGACUGUCGGAGACAGACAGAGACAGUCGGAGAUAGUCGGAGACAGUCAGAGACAGUCGGAGACAGUCGGAGACAGUCAGAGACAGUCGGAGACAGUCGGAGACAGUCACAGGCGGUUAGAGGCAGACACAGAGCGUCAGAGUAA